CUGCUGUCAAUCAAUCUAUCCUUCUCGCUUGGGGUGGGCUGGUCUUCUACUGUCUCGCUUGUGGUGAUCUGGUCUCCUACUUUGUUUCAUUCUCUUACACUUCCAGAUGGCAGCAACGCCAUAGCACAGCGUCGACCUUUCGCCACACCUUGGUCCAGUUCGCGUCGCCCAGCGCACGCGACACCUUCUAUUCGCAACGCUCCUUUAGCCAUGUUUCGAUACAGAAGAUACCGCGUCUUCGUAGCAUUUGCCUUCAUUGCCGUCUUUGCGCUAUACAAGUUUAGCAACUCGGGCCCGUCAUGGCGGGAAGCUGCAUCGAAUGCAGCAGCUGGAUUCAAGAGCGGAGCUGAGAAUGCUCCGCAAGUAGACACGAAGCCGCGCCCAGUGGUAGCGCACGAGACGAAGAGUCCGAAACUCGACAUAGCCGCAGCGUACAGUCAACAGCCGCUGCAGACACCACCGCCCCUGAAAACCCCGCCGCCUCGAUCGUCGGCGCGUCCUGUAGUGACCGAGAAGCAGCAGAAGCCGACCAUUCCUACACCUAUAUGGCCUCAACCGCCCGUCAACCCCAAUCCCCUUGACCACAGCCUUACCGUGUCGACAAGCAUCGAAGCAAUUCAUUGGACGAAGCUGCCCGAGCACUUCCCCGUUCCUUCCAAGUCGCUCAUCAAACUCCCCUCUGGCAAGCCGAAGCCGAUGCCAAAGAUACAGUUCAAGUUCAAGCCCGAAGAUGCUGCGACGAAAGCAGACCGGCUCUCGAAGCUGGACUCGAUCAGGGGAGUGUUCAAGAAGUCGUGGAGUGGCUAUAGGAAACACGCAUGGCUCCACGAUGAGCUAAGGCCCGUGUCUGGGAAUUACCGGGACCCUUUCGCCAAUUGGGGUGCUACUUUGGUGGACGCUCUGGACACACUAUGGAUAAUGGGCUUGAAGGAUGAGUUUGAAGAGGCAGCCAAAGCAGUAGACUCGAUCGACUUCAGUACUACUGCCUCGCGCGCAGAUAUUCCGCUGUUUGAGACGACGAUUCGAUAUCUUGGAGGUCUGGUUGCGGCGUACGAUCUCAGUGGCAAGAAGUACAAGAAUCUCUUAGAUAAAGCUGUGGAGCUUGCUGAGAUCCUCAUAAGCGCUUUCGACACACCGAACCGGAUGCCUGAGACGUACUAUUAUUGGAGACCCCAAUUUGCAUCCCAGAGGCAUCGUGCCAGCCCCCGAGUAGUAUUGGCUGAAAUCGGAUCGUUGUCCAUGGAGUUCACCAGACUAGCACAGCUUACGGGUGAGCAUAAAUACUACGAUGCGAUUGCACGCAUUACAGAUCACCUAGAAGAAUUCCAGAAUAACACAAGACUCCCGGGCAUGUGGCCAACAUACCUGGAUGCUUCUGGUUGCGGCAAGGUCUACGUCGACCUACCCCCUCAGGAACCGUUAAGAGCUCCAGAGGGCCUGCUGGAAGAUGACUUUGAUGACACUGCGUUACCUAUUCCAACAGAGGUGCUUUCUCUGGAGGGCAAGAAACAUGUUCCUUUGAACUUGCCGGACCCAAUCGUCCUAAGUCCCAACGGAUCUCCGCCGAAACCCAAAGGUUCGAUCGUACCUGGAAGAACGGAAAAGGACAUGAUUCGUGACUGGAAUGGCGAUCCGCUGGAGAAACGACAACUCGAUGUUGAUCUCACUGAACCUCUAAAAUUGGCGCAGGACGCUGACAAAACCUCAUCGGCGAAGGCGACCAUGCCGACACCUCCUGAGUGUGUACCACAGGGCUUUGUAUCAUCAUCUGACUACGGUCGCGAGGAGUUUACGCUUGGUGGCAUGUCGGAUUCGACGUACGAGUAUUUGCCAAAGGAAUAUUUGCUGCUCGGCGGCCAGGUCGAAAAAUACCGAACCAUGUACGAGCAGUCUAUGGAUGUGGUCAAGGAGCACCUGAUCUUCCGACCGAUGCUGCCAAAUGAAGAUGACAUCCUCUUCUGCGGUAAACUAAACGUACCUUCGAAUACGGACGACACCAAAGUCGGAGACCUUGAUGCUGAAAAUGCACAUCUCACCUGCUUCGCUGGCGGUAUGUUUGGUAUGGGCGCAAAGCUUUUCGACCGUCCCGAGGACCUUGAGAUUGCAAAGAAAUUGACAGAGGGCUGCGUGUGGAGCUAUAGCAUGACUCCGAGCGGCAUAAUGCCGGAAUCUUUCGAGGCCGCUCCCUGUGAAAACACAAAGGAGUGUACAUGGAAUGAGACGGCGUAUUGGGAGAUACUUGAUCCACGAUCAGAGUAUCGCCUGAAGAACUAUCGGGACCAGUUAAAGGUGUACAACGAACAGCUAGCCUCAGCCUCAUCGUGGUACGAUGCACAACUUGCUACCAUGACAGCACACCCCUCUGCAGACGUUGUUUUCAAAGCACAAGCCACACAAACUUCAAUAUAUGCGGAUACGCUGGAUAAGCGGCAGCUUGCCGAUCAAGAAGGCGAUUUAGAUAUCGCCGUCCGGCCCUCCCCUUCCAUAGCCAAUAGUCAGAACAGAGAAUCGGUCAUGGGUGGCGAGCCCGAGGAAGGCGAGGGCCCGCCAACCAAGGUCCAGCCUUUGUUGAACAUUGAGGAGGUGGCACCGCAGCCGAGCUUAACAUUGCCUGCUUUUCCGAUGCUCUACUCUCCACAUCCACCGUUGAACCAUAAGCAUUAUGUUCAGAAUCGAAUCCAAGAAGAACGGUUGCCGAAAGGUGUGACAAGGAUUGGGGCAAGAAACUAUAUCCUCCGUCCCGAAGCAAUUGAAUCUGUCUGGUACAUGUACCGCAUAACCGGCGACUCGCACUGGCGAGAAGCCGGCUGGCGUAUGUUCCUUGCCAUCAACGAGCAUACGUCCACGCUCUACGGUAAUUCGGCCAUUGACGACGUUACCAAAACUAGCCCACAAUUAAACGAUGAGAUGGAGAGCUUUUGGUUAGCAGAGACGUUGAAAUAUUUCUACUUGCUAUUUGAAGAGGAAAAUGUAUUGAGCUUGGAUGAUUGGGUACUGAAUACAGAGGCGCAUCCUUUCAAAAGGCCUACAUAGAAGUCAUCGAUUUGUGACUGUUUGCGGGAUUUGGCUAUUUUGGCGUGUGCUACUUUGUUUGAUGGUUCCGGGGAGUGCUUGGUAUUCUGCAUCGAGUAUGGGUAUAUGUUGAACAGUAUAGGGCACGAAGCUCUACAGCAUUUUAUGGAGUUAUGUCUUUCCUGGUAACCUAACGUAGGAUAUCCCAAUAAGUUAGACCACAGCGCAGCAUAUAGAACAUUGUGGUCACCUUCGAUAACUGGUUUUAUUCUAGUAGCGCAUGUUUUGAUGUUGAAUAUAGAAGGCUUAUAUUGGACAACCUCUAUGGCGAUGAGCUAUGCCUCCGAGCUACCAUGAGCUUCGCGAAACUCUUUGGAGAACAACGACGUUAUUGAGUCGCCC